AUGAACAAUGAUGCCAACUUGAUGAAUCGGGGUGCCAAUGGGAGUGUGAUUCGAGCAACGACGAAGAGGGAUAGGGAGAUUUAUACCCCUACCCCUCCCGCUAGUCCUGAUGGUGCUACGGGGUUGGGUGGUUCGUAUGGAACUGGAGGCGCUGGAAAUGGGGGGAGUAUAACACUUCAUCUGGUUUCUGAAAGGGCUGGGGGUGAUCCGUAUCCGGGACAUGGAGCAACAUAUGGCGGAUAUGGUGUCCCUAUGAGCAAUGGGAAGGGAAUGAAUGGGUAUGGCAUCUAUGGCGGGCAGACGGAGGGGCCUGUGGUAUUGUUUUCACCAACAGAUUACCCUCAACCUCCCCAACCGCAUUCGCAUUCACAUCCCCAUUCAAGUGGAAGUGAGGGCCAUAGAGAAGCUGGUAACCCUUCCUCGAGCUACCCUUCUCCUUUGAGUCAUUCUGGAACUGGUGCCGGUGGGAACGGUGUGAAUGGGACCAGUGGAACUACCGGCGGCGCACACCCUGGAAUACAUCAUUCUAAUUCUUAUGCUUCUCAUCAUUUGAGCACGCAUGAUUCGCCAUAUCACUCUGCUGUUAACAUUAAUUCUGGAUCUCACACACUCCCCCCUGGCUCCGCAUCAGAGUCGCCCACGGAGGUUCGCACCCAGACUCACUCUGCCGGCUAUCCGGACAGUUUGGCAUAUGCCAUUCCAUCGUCGGGCCAUUCCCACAGCAGCUCACUAGCAAGUAUCCCUUCAAUGUCCAGUCUCGGCCGGAUCAUCAAGCCCAGCAGACGUAAUCCCUUUGGUUACGCAGCCACUGUUCCACCUCCACCUCCACUUCCUCCUCGACUCAUCAUCCCCAUGUGCGAAUGUGCUACUGCGGACGGAUGGACUGUAGAGCAACAUGACGACCCUCACAUUCUCCCGCAAGCUCGCUCGCCAGAUCUCACUGAUCCUUCCCUCUCACCACCCAUUCCCUAUUUCGGUGCUAAACUGGACACAUCCAUUCUUCACCCUCUCCUGCCCUAUCCCUCGUCACCUCCUCAUGUCGCUCUCGACUCUAUCAAGGCACUGCAAAAGAAUGAUAGGGAGACAAAACCCCGCGCCAGCAUUGAUUCCGAAAAGGAGUGCGAGAAAAAGAAGUGGACUAUAGGCUUAGGAAAGGACAGCAAAGACAAAGAGAAGCAAGGCCGAGGCAUCCGACCACCCCAUAUCUUUCCCCCGACUCAGCUCAUGCCGCCUGCGCCUCGUCUUGCUUCGCUGACGGAGUACUUGCGGCAGCCCAGCCUAGCGGUGCUGCAUGAGAGUACAAUGAAGCUGAUGGCAUUGGAUUCGCUUGUGGGCUUUCAAACGCCGUCCCAUCCCAUUUGGAAGAGUGGUUGGGGGAACAUGCAAAUCACACGCACGGCCACGGCAGCUCCGCUCACCAGCUUUGUCCCCCACUGGGACUGCACAAUUCCUUCUUAA